AUGCAGGUUGAGGCACGUUCCAGUGAAGCAGUAUCUAUUCCUGGUUGGUUCAAUAGUAUUGAAAAUUAUGUAAAUAAUAAUUUAAGAACGAUAGAAAUACCACGUGGCGUCGUUGAUAAUCAAGGAGGCGAUUCAAUAAUAAGAAAAAAGAAUGCUAGAAAAAAACGAAGAAGGUUAGUCAAGAAAGUUACAAAGCGUUUUGAAAAUGGAAUGCCAAAUGUAGAAGUAUAUGAAGUAGAACAACGCAAAAAAAGAAAGAAGAAAAAGAAAAGUCGCAAGAUAUUCGAGAAGGCAGAACGCGAUUUAGGUGUAGAUUCAAAUUUAUCCGUUUCUCGUGAAAAGUCAAAAGAUUCCAGAAAGCCUGUGGAUAUUAUAGUGCACAUUAAAAUGAGCGAAUGA